AUGUCUGCUGAGCAUGAUAAAACAGCUGCCGCUUCGGCCCCUACAGAAGCCCCUGCAGCUCCUGCCGUUGUUGAGCCCACCGCUGAGGCGACCGCAGAAGUUACCACCGAGAAGCCUACUCAAGCCGGUGCCUCUGCUCCCGAGACCCCUCUAGCUAAACUCGAUGGCCGUCUUAAUGAAAUCUGCAGCAAGGCACAACACAAGGAGAUGUGGGGAGUGCAGCUGUCCAGCAUCAGCCACAUCCCUACGAUGGUGGUUCUCCAAAAGUUCCUUCGAGCCAACAACGAUGACCCCGUUGCUGCUGAGAAGCAGCUCACUCAGGCUCUCGAGUGGCGCAAGAAGAUGAAUCCUACUGCUUUCGUCACUCAGACCUUUGCCAAGGACAAGUUCGACGAUCUGGGCUUUGUCACUGUGCACAAUGGAGAGAACAACAAGGAGACCAUUAUUACAUGGAAUAUAUAUGGUGCUGUCAAGGACAAAAAGGCCACAUUUGGUAAUGUCGAGGAAUUCAUCAAGUGGCGUGCUGCCAUCAUGGAGAUAAGUGUUCAGAAGCUCAAGCUGGAAAACGUCACAGAGCCCAUUCCUGAAGGAGGCGAGGAUCCUUAUCAGAUGAUCCAAGUUCAUGACUACCUCAACGUCAGCUUUUUCCGCGUCGAUCCCGCUGUAAAGGCUGCCAGCAAAGAGACAAUUUCCGUCUUCUCUAUGGCCUACCCAGAGCUGCUUUCUCACAAAUACUUUGUCAACGUUCCUGCCAUCAUGGGAUGGAUGUUUGGCGCCAUGAAGCUCUUCCUCGCCCCUGCUACCCUUCGCAAAUUCCAUCCCAUGACUUCCGGCACUACACUGUCUACAGAGUUGAAGAGCAUUGCCUCUUCUUUACCUAAGGAAUACGGUGGCCUUGGACCCAGCGUUAAGGAGGGUCAAACUGUUUUGCUAGCUGAGGCUGGUGGGACUGACGCAGCUUCUCCCAAAUCUGCUGCGACCGAGCCCACUACCACUCCUGUAGCCGUUGACUCUGGCUCUGCUACUGAGAAUGUUCCUGUCACCACCGAACCAACACCCGUUGCACAUGGCUCUAGCUCUACUGCUGAGGAUGUUCCUGUCACUAGUGAGCCGACUCCUGCUGUCCAGAACACCAUCCUUGCCGAGCCUGUAGUGGCUUCUGAGCCAGCUGCCGUUGCGCCAACCUCUACUGCCGUGGAGACAGUUCCUGCCCCAAUUCCUGCUCCAGUUGAGGCCGCCAAGGAAGAGACUGCUGAGGAGGCCGUUGAGCAAGCCGGUGAAAAGCCCAUUGAAGAAGCUCUCGAGAAGUUGACUGUUGACCCAGCUGAUGAGGCUGAGAAGAAGGAGGCGCCUGCUGCUGUCGCCGGAGUGGAGAAGAAGGAGAGCACUGCUUAG